AUGAAGCUUUUCAGUCUUUUCUCGAGCGUUGCUUUUGCACAAACGGUUGAAGUUGAUAACGAUGUUUGGGACAUUUCCAUUGAUCAGCCGAUUGAGUUUAAUGUCGAAGAUCCAAUUUACAAAGAGUUCAAAGCGAUGCAAGCAACAGAAACGAUCAUGGCCCGGGCAAUGGUCGGCACAGAUGACGAUGCCGUCCGAAAGAUGAAAAUGCGCAAGUUUGAUACGCUGAAGAAAAUGAUCGCCUAUUUGGACAACGCUGCUCGACCCGACUUUGGAAAAUCUUGCCACUAUGGCUGUCACUGCCUUGUUGACGGAAUGGAUGACAUCCUUGCUGGCUAUGGCCAACCAGUCGAUGAAAUUGACUCUGCUUGCAAACGAUACAAGCAGUGUGUCAAGUGCGCGCUCCAGGACUUUGGAACUGAUGUCUGUCCGUGGUACAAGCCGUAUAAAAUGACAGCCAUGGUCGACACCGAAACAGGCGAAAAACACCUUAAUUUUGAUUCAAGAGCAUUAUUUUUUAACUCGAUGAAAGCUGGAUACUGUAAAAAUGCGCUUUGCGAAUGCGACGCUCAGUUGGCUCGAGAUAUGGCGGAACACAAAGAAUCCUACAACAAAGACUUUCAUUCCAGCCAUGGCCCAUGGAUGGAUGAAGUCUGGGAAUGGUACUCGAGGGAAACGAGAAAGAGGGUUCUUCUCCGCUCUGAUGUUCACAAUAAAGGUGUCAGUCUCAACAUUGGUAUGGAAAUGUCCAAGUCUUGGGUCAAAAAUUGGUGCAGGAAGUACAAGGUUAAUUUCAUGGACCAGAAAGUCUUCCAGGACAUUGCAAUUAUCGAACAGAGAGCGAUCGACUGGCUUCUUGAGACAGAAAGGCCAACUAUUGGGCGCGACGAUCGUAUAAGAGUUGAAAGUAUCUUGCGAAAGGGUGCAGCAGAGCUCGGAAUCUCAGACGAUUUUAUUACGAAAAAAUAUUUGGAACGGCUUAUCAAACGAAAGAGGGUUACCAGACCUAAAACCUUCCUGCAGAAAAAGUUCGGCACGAUGACCCUCGAGGAUGAAGACGAGUUGUCGUUCUAA